CUCUCGCGGUCGCCAUGCCAUGCGGCUGUCCCGCGUUUGACAGGCUCGGUCUCGGACGGUUCGCGCCUUCCGUCACGAGUAAAAUACGUUCGUGAUCGUCGUCGGCGCGCGCCGAGGGGCGCGUCGCGACGUCACGGUGUCGCGAAAGUGCGCGAAUGCUUGUGCCGCGAGUGACGCAACCAGUAACCGUGUUCCUGGCGAAACGACGACGGGGUCCGUUGGCUCCCACUCCACGACGACGACGGUUAGCGGUCGAAUGCGACGAUCGGAGUUCCAACAAUGACGCUGUUGCAGCGGGGCGGACGAGAGUGUUGAUAGCCUGAUGGAGCACCAUUUGUCCUUGGCUACGAUGCAGCAUCGCCGCGGAUCUGGCGAUAAAUCGACGAGAAGCGAUAAAGAGGAUUGUCUCCCACGAAGCUGACCAUUGUUUUGCAAAAACAAUGACUGCCGGAAAUCUUAAAGAAGAAUUAUCGCUCGAGACUAAUCCAUCCCUUACGACUCUCGCUAUAGAAGAUAUGGUCUACAAAGGGGAAGGGAACGCUCAUAUUGUUAUCGCAUUGCCAUACGAGCGCAGGGUAAUACGAUUCCGGAAGUCGUUGCCGGGCGAGGUUUCACCGGAUGGCGGCAAAACACGCGCGCAACGGGAGGUGUGGUACGCCAGGAACGUGGUUUCCUGUUUUUUGGGCUCUUACGCGCAGAUCCCCGAAAUUGUUCGUUACGACGCAGCUGAUAUAGCCAAAUUGUCGGACGCCAUCCGCCCUCGUCGACCAGAGAAACGCCGGCAUAAGGUAAUCACAGACACAUAUGCCACAAAGUUUCCGGAUUACACGUUUCUGGAUUUGCGGUUGGAAAUCGAUCAAACCGUAUUUCGAGGCCGUUCGACGUUCUGCGUGGAGAUAAAGCCGAAACAGGGAUACUUGCAAAAGGCAGAGCGGCAAUUUCCCGGAUGUCCGUAUUGCCUCAACCAGUAUGCCAAGCUGCGUAAAGGUGACAUCGCCGCUUGUAGCAAUUACUGCCCGUUCGAACUGUUUUCCGGAGUGAAAGCGCGUAUGAAAACCGUUGUGAAGGAGCUUCUAAGGUCACCGCAAAAUAAUCUGAGAAUCUUUAAGAACGGCAUCGUCGUUUAUAAUCAAGAGUCGUCACCGAACGAUCUCGAGGACGUGCUGAACGAAUGGUUUCGGAAUGCUACGACGACGAGCAGCGGGCGAGCUCGACGCUCGAACGUCGACGAGUUUUGUAGUUUGGUGUAUGCCGCCCUUACGUUGCCUUUUACACAAGAGCAACUGGAAGAAUCAUCCACUGCUUGCUGUCCAUGUAAUUUUCCCCAAUCCGCGAAUCAAGCUCCAACGUUUUGCGCCGAACCGGACGCGAUCGCGAGAGCCGAACGCUGUCUUCGUCUCGCGGGAAAGAAUUGUAAUUUUGUUGGCGACGAGUUGCCGAGAAACUCGGUGCUGGAGCGAAUUCGGAACAUGCAGCGAUUGUCUUAUGUGAAUACCAAUUACAUUUACGGCAUUUACUCCGACUUUGCAUCGUUGCUGAAUGACGAUAUGAUAUACUCCGAUUUGAUGAAAUUACAAGAAGAGAAUCACGCCAGCACAAUCUCUCGCGCUUUACCCGGUAAACUUACGAAGGCGAAAGACAUAAAAGAAAUCAACUCCGAAAAGCUUUUUGAGAGCAUCGUUGCAAGAGAAUACGAUAACAAUUCUAACGGAAACCAUAAUGCCAGUUCGGAAUGUAUCUUAUCUACUAAUGUCAAGAAAAUAGUCGUAAAUAGCGAUUUCGCGUCGCAAACAGAAAUUAGUGCCAACCUAGAUUCGUGCCGGUUAUUUUAUGGAAACACAAGUUUGCAUAAUCAGGAAACUAACGACGACGAUAACGAGCAAAAGGCAAAUAUGCAGAUUAUCGCCAAACAUUUAUCGACGUUGCGAAAUUAUCUUUUAUUCGCCACCGCCAGAGAUUGCUCGAUAUUAAUGACCUUCCGCGAAUUGCUUCCGGAAAAUUUAUCAAAAGUGCCCGUGGAAAAUACGAUCAAGCUUUCGGAGCAACUGUCUUUUUUAAGCAGUGUCAAAGUCUCUGAUUUAGAUCCGAAAAGUGUUCACUCUAUUGAGAAGCAUCGACAACGAGAUGUGGAUAUCUUUGAUUCCGUAACUUCUUUAUUGGAAGAUCUUCUUUUCAAGAGUAUAGAUGAUCAUCAGAGAAACAGUAUCAAUAAUAGUACAGUACAAAGAUAAAGAGAAUUUACAAGGUAAAGAGAAUCUAUCUAUAUCAUAUAAAGAAAGUAUUUAUGUGCACUUAAUUGACGAUAUGCUUACCGAUUAGAACGUAUGUUCUUUCUAAUAAUAUGUAAGAAUCAAUUUCAAUCCCUCUCUGCAACAUUAAGUAGAUAGUUCAUAUAUCGCAUAAUAUACACUAUUAAAUCAAUAAUAGUUAUCUCUUUCAUAGAGCAUAACAUACCUUAGAAAUUACUUUGGAAUGAAGAUAAUAAAUAAUAAGGAAAAAAAGGAAUGCGAUAUAUAUUAGAGAAAUCGAAGAUAAAAAAAAAAAAAAAAA